AAGGCUGCGCUUCCGCUGCGAGAUGUUCUUUUCCUCUGGCCGCGGUGUGAGAGCUCCAGGAGGAACCGAGGCCUCCUCCACAAUCCGCCUCAAUCCGCCAUAACGGCUGACCGAAACAUCGCCAAAAUGACCGAGCAGAUGACGGUGAGAGGCACCUUGAAGGGCCACAGCGGAUGGGUCACUCAGAUCGCCACCACGCCGCAGUUUCCAGACAUGAUACUGUCCGCGUCCAGAGACAAGACAGUCCUGAUGUGGAAGCUGACCCGUGAUGAGACCAACUACGGCGUCCCACAGCGUGCCCUCAAAGGUCACUCUCACUUUGUCAGUGACGUUGUCAUUUCUUCCGACGGGCAGUUCGCCCUGUCUGGGUCCUGGGAUGGCACACUGCGUCUGUGGGACCUGACAACUGGCACCACAACCCGUCGCUUUGUUGGACACACCAAAGAUGUUCUGAGUGUAGCGUUCUCUGCCGACAACAGACAGAUCGUUUCUGGGUCGAGGGAUAAGACCAUCAAGUUGUGGAACACCCUGGGAGUGUGCAAAUACACCAUCCAGGACGAAAGCCACUCAGAAUGGGUGUCCUGCGUGCGUUUCUCCCCAAACAGCAGCAACCCCAUCAUUGUGUCUUGUGGCUGGGACAAGAUGGUCAAGGUGUGGAAUCUUGCUAACUGUAAGCUAAAGACGAACCACAUUGGCCACACAGGAUACCUAAAUACAGUCACUGUGUCUCCUGAUGGUUCUCUCUGUGCCUCUGGAGGAAAGGACGGGCAAGCUAUGCUGUGGGAUCUGAAUGAGGGAAAGCACCUGUACACCCUGGACGGUGGGGACAUGAUUAACGCCCUGUGCUUCAGCCCUAACCGCUACUGGCUGUGUGCUGCUACAGGCCCUAGCAUCAAAAUCUGGGACCUUGAGGGUAAAAUUAUUGUUGAUGAGCUGAGACAGGAGGUCAUCAGCACAAACAGCAAGGCCGAGCCCCCUCAAUGCACUGCUUUGGCCUGGUCUGCUGAUGGACAAACUCUCUUUGCUGGCUACACUGACAACCUGAUCAGAGUGUGGCAGGUUACCAUUGGAACUCGAUAGGCUUUUUGUAAUGUUUACAAUUAAAUAAAUAUAU